GUAUAUUCAAUUAACUUAAUUAAUUGUGUUUUCUUGCGAUAAAUUAAUUGAUUAUUGAAUAUUCAAAGUCUCAGUGAUAAAAUGUAUUACUGUGACCAGAAUCUUGUUCUGUGAAACUUUUAUCGGAUCAGUUAACCUGGAAAAAAGUUCCACAGACUUAACAUUGAUAUUGUCUUUUUUUUCAUCCGUUUCCAUUCACAUGUUGAUCCUUAAUCAUGUUUUUAUUUACUCUUUGGUAGUUGGAAAUUGGAAAUUCUCAAAUCAACUAUAACCAUCUUAUUCUGUUAAUUGUCAUCUAGUCAUGGAGUCACCAACUUUUAGAAAGUUCGCCAAUAAAUCCAUGGGAAUUGAUGUUCUAUUUGAUGAAUGUGAUAAAAGGCCGAGUUGUAAACAUGGUCCUGCUUUAUUAUUGUCCAAGAAGGUUGGUAAAGAUACGAAAAACUUUUUCGCCUGUUCUGCUUUUCGAGAUAACAAAUGUCCUCUAUUGAAAAAUCCUCUCGAUACCUCGAAAUUUGUUGUUCAAAGGAAAAAGAUUCGAAAAAAGUUGGUUAAAAUUCUUCAAUCUCGUAAAGAAGAGCGAGCUUUUUGUCGGCGAUGCGAAGAGCUUUUUCUCUAUCGUGAUUAUCAUAAGCACCAAAGACACGAUGUCAUUGAUAAGGUUCCACUCAAAUUGAUUAGAAGACCAACUUUAUUACUUCAGGCGACUACCAAACGGAAAAAAGAGGCUCAAUAUUUUUUCGACAAUGUGACAGUUGCUUUUAUUGUCCAAACCUUUCAAAAGUUAGAGUUCGAUAGGAUCAUUUGUAUUGGAUGUCCAUCUAUUCACGAACAGGUUCAAAGUAAUAAACGAAGUUGGAACAUGGAAAGUGUACUUUUAGAUAUUGACCCUCGUUAUUGUCAAUUCUAUCUGAGGAAACAUUUCAUCAUGUUCAAUAUGUUCAAUGGAUUUUUCUUUGAGGGUCGUGAAGGUGAAUCUAAAUUAGAUCGUUUUCUUCGAGAAUGUAAACCAGGAAAAGCUUGUAUUGUGAUAGAUCCGCCGUUUGGAGGUUUAAUUAAAGCUCUCAGUUUGACUUUGGACAAGAUUCAUGAUCGAUAUCUUGAAGUACAUGGUCAUCCGGGAACCACAGGAUCAACUUCUGUUAAAUUACAUCGUGAUAGCUAUCAAAUGGCGGUCAUGUUAUUCUUACCCUAUUUUAAUGAACCAAAAGUGACUCAAUACAUGAAAAAUUUAAAAUUAACUGAUUACAAAGUGCAUUAUACUAAUCACCGAGCAUUAAAGGACUGUCGGUGUCGCUCCUCCUUAGGGUCAAUUGUCAGGAUAUUCACCAACAUCCAAGGAUAUAUUUUCACUCUGCCCACCGAAGAGGGUUACAAAUACUGCGAAAUAUGCAAACGAUACGUUUCAGAAAACAACAGGCACUGUGAUGAUUGUAAUGCUUGCACCUCGAAAGAUGGACGAUCACCCAAACAUUGUAAUAUUUGUGAAAAGUGUGUUAAAGAUACUUGGACUCAUUGUCCGGCCUGUAAAAUAUGUCGCCUUCCGGGUACCUGCAAACACCCACAGAAAAAAAUGUCCAACAAAAAGUCAUCGCUCUGAGAAAAUGAUAUUUAUUGAUAAUAAAUGAAACGAGAAAGAAAAAACUAUUUUAUAUCAAUACAAUAAAUCAUUUUACCUUUUGUUACCUUUAA